AUGGCCGCCGACACGAUGCCCAGUGCAACCCAGACUCCUGUGACCUGGGCCAUGGAAGCAGACUGCAUCACCAAUGCCUUUAAGCACUUCUGGAUGCAAUUCUGGGAAAACACCCAGCAAUGGAGGACAAGAUCUGCCACUGCGGCUUCACACCAUUCCGACCCCUCACAGAACGGAAACAAGCUGAGACAGUCGGAGCUAAAACCUAAGGAAGCGCG